GACAAAACUACUAGCAAUGCUCGUAGUUGCUUAACCAAUAUACUGUUCCAGUGAAAUAGUGAUAAAAAGCAUAGAACAAUUUUUAUUACUAAUGUUACAUUCGAAAAAUUUUGGAUUACCAAAUUUUCAUCAUAAACAAAGUGAGUGCCUAAAAUAAUAAACGAGGAAGGCACUACGGUCACAGGGGACCGGUUAUUUCUUUUCCUAAAAUAUCAAUGUGUUCUGGAAAUGGUUUGCAAAGAGGACGUGGUAUCAUGGUUUAAAGAAUUGGAAAGCUAUAAACGCAUAGACGCAAUGUGUACAUUAUUAAAUAUGUGCUUACCAUUUGAACUACGCUUUAUUGGCACGUAUCUGGAGGAACUCGGUAAGCGAGACUUUCAGGAGUUGCGUGGUGCCGAACUGAGAGCCAAUAACCCUACAGAUCUGGCUGCUGAUAUCGGAGGAGCGGAUACAGAUUCUAGAACUCGACGGAAAAUGGCUUUAUACGUUUCAUUAUUGCGGUCUUGUAAUUUUGCUUGUGCAACCACAUUGUAUAAUGCCAUGGUCAGUUUAGAACAAAGUGGUCUUUUGAAAGGCUUGUAUGGUGAUCUCCUUGAAGAGAUUCUUUUACUGUAUACUAUGGCGUUACACCAUCCAGCAUUCACAUUCGAUCAGAAGUCACAUUUUGGUGAUAUUUUAGAGAAGCUUAAGAUAGAAGAUCAGAGGAUACAGUAUCAAGAGCAGCAAGAGCGUCUAAACUUAGCUCCUGUUAGUGGUUGUCAUACACAGGCUAGUAUCACCCCAAAUAUGUCAGUACCACCACCAAACUUGCCAAGCUUGGGACCACCGCCUGGUAUUAUGUUUGUUAAAACAUCUGGUGUGCAGCCACCGAGUUCUGAUGCUAUCGCAGAGCUCAGUUCCCCUCCUGUGUUGACUGGAGCUGGUGGUGUGGUUCCUAUGCUCGGGGAAGUACCACACCCCCCUCCAGGUCUACCAAUACCGCAGUACAACAUAAAUGAAUUCAUAGGCCAGCACACUUGGCCGGCCAACAUAAUUGUUUCACCUCUGAAUCAACCUCUUGAGGUGUUGAACUUCCAGACUGCUGGAGGUGUCGCACCUUCUUCACCGCUGGUGUCUUCUCCAGGUGACAGCCGUGCAGCAUCUCCACGAAAUCGCCGGCGUCCAUCCCGUGACCGUUCACCCCCACUAGUGCCCAUCCCGCCUGAAUCUAUGCCUCAUCUCACCACAAAUUUCGAGAAUCUUGCUGUAGCCGAUAUGAGACAUAACAUUGGGGAGGAAAGACUUCGAGAAAUUACACACCAUCAGUACCGGUCGUUGGAGAAAUUGAAUGGUGUGCGGAGGCGAGCUGGGGCUUACUGUCCACCUACACGUUCAUCGUCCGACAGUGGUUCCAGCAAUGGGUCUUCCCCCCCCAGUACACCGGCAGCACCACGACGUGUGACGCCGUCUGCGCCGCCGCCUGUACCAUAUUUACCUUACCCUCGCCCGUACCCCUACCCCACCCCACCUCCCGCCUACCGCCCGCCCCCACCGCCAUUCGCGAACGGGGAACCCCCACCGUACCCAGCACCGGCCCCAUACGCCGGUUACAUGCCUGUGUUGUACGCGCCACCGAAGUUGUCCUGUUGGAAUUGCGGCGCGUCUGGGCACGCUGGUCAUGAAUGCAAGGAGCCUAGUCUCGAAGAGAUGACGCGGGCUGGCGGAUAUCAGCUCGACUUCGGCGGAGCUCCACCACCCGAAGCGGGGGACAAGUAGGGUUUAAGGGACACCUUCAUCUCACAGCUCUGGCCGGGGUGAGUGGAAGGGCCCUCGAAUGUGACUCGGAGUGGGUCGAAGGUUAAAAUGACCCAAGCCGGCCCUGACCCUUGCGUUUCGCAAAAGAUAAUGAUUUCUUGUAAAAAAUAAUUCAGUAAGUGUACAUCGUUUUAGUGUAAAGUGCGCUUAUCGGGAAUAUGUGUUAGAAAAUGUUGACCUACCGUGGGAAAGAAUGCACUUUCAAACAUUCAAUUCUCGACAAUCUUGUAACAUAAUAUUAAUUUGAUAUGUUACGUAAGCUAUCUGGGAACAUUUCAUUUCAUUUUACGUAAUAACCAACAGAUUUUUGAAUCGAAGAUGAGUUUUAUGUAAAAAGUGCAUGAAGUACAAAUAUUUUAUGAAAUUGAAAUAUAUAAGUUAUUUGUACAGAUAUUUAUUCAGUCUUGGUCGAGAUAUUAUGGUUGGAUUGAAAGUGUAGUGUGCUUACGGCAGUAUCUGUUUAUAGGAAUUUAGAGGGAAUUCCAUAAAAAAAGGGAAACGAAAAAAAAUUAAUACCGACAAGACGUAUCAUUAUGAUAUUUUAGUUUUUUUUUUGUUGUUUUAUGUGCCAUGGCCUCUUAAAUUAAUCUUAACAAGACCAUUGGGUAAAAACAAAAAACCUUAAGUACAAAUUAUUGAAUUAAAUUUUGAUAGACGGAACCUGUAAAUAAGUAGUCCAAACAUGGAUUGGGCGCAUAAAUGGGAUUCCCUGUAAUGUGAAUUAUCCAAUCUCAAAUCAGUGUAUGUUGACUAUAAAUCACUUAGUAACAAAUUCAAAAAUUAUCUGACUGAUAUUGCUAAUGAAUUGUUUCCUUUGAUCCAAGACUGAUUUGUGAAGUUCCUGGUUCGUAACUGGGUACUAUUGUCAAUCGUUGUGGAUGGAAGUUACAAAAUCACAGAGUAAUGGUAUAUAAUUCUGGAGUGACUAAAAAUAUCAUGACUGAAUAUCUGAAUGUAUGUAUUAUAAAUAAUAGAAGUAUGAACAAGGGAUUGUUUUCACCAUGCUCAUGAUAAUUCAAUGCUCUUAGAAUAUAUUAAUGUAAUAAAGUCAUUGUAAAUAAAUAAAAAUGUGUUACAGUAAAAAAAACACAUGACCGAUGUGACCAUAUCUUGUAAAUAGUCCCCUUUAUAUAAUGAAUAGUUAUUUAGAUUGAGUAUAUUUGUGAAUUUCUUUGUAAUUUGAGUGUCCCAUAGAGUUAUUGAUGUUUAUAUGAUCACUGUCACAAAUCACAAUUCUGCAUUUUAUAAAAAUCCCAGUUUUGAACAGUUCAAAUUAGGAAGGUUGUAUAAUUUUUGCAUAAUUAUAUUUUUUUAAUUGAGUCAAAUGAGUCACGCAUAGGUGGGUCCUACGGCUGAUUAAAUACUCCUAUAUGAAUUAAAUAACAUUGUACUGUGUGAUCAUCUUUUAUUAAUACAUUAAGAUCUCCUUAGUUCAAUCUAUAUAUACCCGACAUUUAGACAUUGUAUUUUAAUCGACAGUUCAUAAACUUUGUAUAUAGUAAUAUAAUUUUAUAACUUGAUAAUAAUUAUUAGUAAUAGUGUUUGAAAAUUAAUAAAUCAAUAAAUCGUUUCAUUUUGCCCUUUGAUGUGACUUUCAGUUAUAAGCUGAAUCGCGAGGGUCUUCUGAUAAAAAAAAAAUAAUAAUAAACUAUGACUCCUUAUAAAGGUUGUAUGUCCACGUUACUUUACAUUGUGUUAUUUAUGAAUUAACAAUUUUAUUGAUAUUUGAAUAAAUUAAAAUAUAGAUUAAAUGUAGAUGGAAUAACGUUUGUAUUUUUACAUGAAUACCUCUGUAGCUAACUUUUGGAUUUUUUCCGCAUAUGUUUCGACAUGUUUACUAAGCUGCAUCACAGUCUGUCAAAUGUGGCUUAACUCACACGUGUCAUAAUUGAAAUAUUUCCUUUGAAUGUUGAUGACUAAUAAAUGGCUUGGAUAAUACAUUAAAAUAUCAAAUGAAUGCAUAAACCCGUCCAUCAUAGUUAAUUUAAAUGCCGUUUAUAAUGGCAUUGUUUAGAUUACAAUACGUGUGACUUAAUACUUGUCUACGAAUAUAUGUUUCAAAGGACUUCCGUACUGCAUGGUUUUAAUGAAAUUCUGCGAAGUUAUCCAAACAUUAUUCUGUACUAGUUGAAGUAUAAAAUAUUUUUUUACUUUGUACAGAUGUUAUGAAUGUGAUAAAUAAUUUUUAACAUUAGCGUUUGUGAUUUAGUCAGGUGUGUAGUUUACUAUAAAGGAAUGUGGCUUUACUAAAUAAUAUGUACUGUGACCUACAGCGAUGUAUUUGUAACUUUUUUCUUCACUGUUUUGUAUUUCGAUAUAAAAUGCUGUUGUAUUAUGUUAUAAAAAAAAAAGAUCAGCAUUUCAGUACGUGUGGUUCGGCCUGAUUUUAUAGACCUUUGUAUCCCACCAAUGCUGUGAAUCGUUUGCUUCCUGAGAAAUAAACAACCAAAAUCUCUU